AUCACCACCCUCGUCAGCCAUAAGGAUAGAUACUGCAUGAAGCUCAAGUCUGACAAGAUUGUGAAGGCGGUGAAGAAGGUGGGGUUCUUCGUUCAAGCUGCUGUCGAGAGGUUUGUCACUGUCGGCGAAAGUAUCGCCGAUGAGCAUCCCGAAAUCCAGCCUGAAAUGUACGACGCCUGCCAAGAUGCCCGUGUGGCAGGUACUGUAGUAAUUUUUUCAGGAUCUGCAAUAGCAGCUCUGGCGUCCAAAUCGUCCGGUGAGCCAGCGGCGAAUGGCAGCAGCAUGGUCGACCGGAAUUUUCUGGUCCGUGCUGCUCGACAGCUGUUAUCUAGCGUUACUAGGGUACUACUAUUGGCCGAUCGUGUUGUAGUAAAGCAGAUUUUAAAGUGCGAAGAAAAGUUGUCUUAUUCCCUCACACAUCUGGAGAACAUAAGUAAUUUUCCGGAAUUUGUGAAAGUAUUUACGACGUUCGGGGGCGAAAUGGUGACGUUGGCUCAUAAAACUGGAGAUCGGCAACAAGACUUAAAAAGUGAGAAGCGAAGGGCACAAAUGCAAGUUGCUCGUACAGUACUCGAAAAGUACACGAUGUUGUUGCUGACUUCUUCGAAAACCUUGCUGCGUCAUCCGGAAUGUGAUUCAGCCCAACAGACGCGAAAUGGCGUGUUCAGGCAGAUCCGUUUCUCCUUGCAGCUCAUCGCCUUAUGUGUAUCAGACGGUGUGGUUCCUUAUGACCCUUGCUGCUUCUGUAUGAACUCAGAGUACAACGACGAAGAACCGCUGGAUCUCGGUCUUCAGCUGACCGCGACCGUCGCCAUUAAACAGCUUUUAGAUUCCCUGGAAAUGAUCCGAAUGACUGGCAACAUUGGAGUCGGCAUCAAGGAACGACUGUGCAGUUCUGUUGAUGCCGUGUCUGAGAUGAUACAGGAUUUCACCGACUCCGCCUACACGUCACACCACCACCGGGAACAGAUAAUCGACUUUAUCGGCGAAAUCCGAUCGAGUUUGACUAGUAUGCUGCGGUUAGACGCAGAGUCUGACAAGCUGCAUGCUGAGGACAUCGAUGUGUCGGUGCAUAAACUGUCGAAGGUAAUCAAGGACUUACAGAAACAGUUGCAGCUGGUGGCCCUCGACCAGACAACGGAUGUGUUUAAAGCCAACGAAGACCACAUCAUUCUGUCGAGUAUCAAGUCGUUCGCGGUCUCAGGGGACAUAGACGGACUCGAAGACUUCAUUGAGCGCUUCCGAGAGCAUGCAGAACACGUCGAAGAGGUUGCACGAUUAUUACACCAUAUUUCGUUAACUGACUCGCUCCACAUACACACCGGCCACGCGGAACGAAACCUUCGAGCCUUGUCUCCGUUGAUGGUAUUGGCAGGACGAACUCUGUGCCUUCAUCCUUCGAGUCGAAUUGCGCGCGAAAACCUUGAGGUGUUCUGCGACACGUGGGCUCAUGCUGUGAACGAGCUUUCUCGUGUCGCCAAAGAAACUGAUUCAGUUUGUCAUGGACAAAUAGCGGCUGAGAAGCAGGCGUACAUGUCUCUUCCAAAACCGGGCGUUGACGCCGAAGCAGAGAAGUGGGACGAGUACGCGGAAAAUGACAUCGUAAAGAGAGCGAAGAGCAUGUCUUCGAUGGCCUAUAACAUGUAUUUGUUCACGCGAGGCGACGGGCCCCUGAAGACCACGCACGACCUGUUCACGCAGGCUGAAUUUUUCGCUGAGGAAGCGAACAAGAUGUACAAAACAGUACGCGAAUUCAGCUAUGAGGUACCUGGUAGUGCGGAGAAGAACGAACUGAUCCAAGUGCUUGAACGAAUUCCUGGCCAUUGUCAACAGCUUCAGGUUCUCGUAAAGACUCCGACCGUCGGCAAGUCAGCGACCUUCAACAAGGUGGACAGCGUCAUUCAAGAAACCAAAGACCUUAUGAAUGAAAUCGCAAAGUUGGUUACCUCAUGUUUCGUUUGUGCUACGAAAGUAAGGCAUUGCUUGAUUCUCUGUUUUCUGAUAUCUUCAUUCAUACGUUUCCCUAUUGGGAAAGUUAUUGGAGAUUUUGUUGUAUUGCGAAGCGAGAAAACUGUCUGA